GCUUUACCUAUUCCCGCCUGUUACACAUACUUGUCCUAAAAAAGGAGCCUUCCAAGGGAACGUUGUCUCGUGCCUUCGUCCGGUUAUUCUCUUGCAACAAUGACCCAACAACUCGCCUGCUGCUACGCCGCGCUCAUUCUUCAGGAGCUUAACAAGACGGACGCCGCCAGCCUCCGCGCGGUGGCCGCCGCCGCCGGGGUGGAAGUUAGCCAGGGUAUGGCCACCGCCUUUUCGAAGGCCCUCGACACCGUGAGCAUCGCGGAGGUGCUGAGCAAUAUGAGCUUAGCCGGUGGUGCGGCUUCGGCGGGUGCGGCUAACGUUUCAGGUGCUGCCGCGCCCGCAGCAGCGAAGGAAGCGGUGAAGGAGGAGAAACCUGUCGAGGAGGAGGAGGACGACGAAAUGGGAUUCAACCUCUUUGACUAAAAAAACAUGCAUGCGCAAAGGACACACAACACACCCCUUUAGAAAUAGGAAAAUGCACAGCAUAAUUGUUUUCUGAUUUGUGAAUACUUAAUCGAAAAAAAAAA